AUGUCAGACAAACAUAAUGCAAGCACGAGUAUUAAAGUACUUGUAAGAGUGAGACCAUUGCUCGCUAGGGAGAUGGGAGACGGAGAUGAAGCUGAGGUUAAUGAGUGCUUGGUGUCGAUGCCAGCCGAGGAUAAGACACGAGUUGAGCUCAGAGUGCCUAAAACGUCGAGCUAUCAUUCACAGAAGAAUAAGGUUAUACGGAGCAAUGAAGAAGAUGCAGAAGAUGAGGUUAAGAAAUAUAAAUUUGAUCAAUGUGUAUGGUCUUACGAUCACAAAGAUGAGCAUUAUACGAGUAAUCGGGGGUUUUAUGAGUCAAUUGGGCCACGGGUUAUUCAAGAUCUUUUCCAGGGAUUCAAUAUGUGUUUAUUGGCAUAUGGACAAACGAGUUCGGGGAAGACAUACACGAUGAUGGGCAAACAGCACGACGAGGGUUUGAUACCGCUUAUAGUCCGCGAUAUACUUCGUUAUAAAGAACGCCUCAUUAGCGAGAGAAUAAAUUGCGAGGUCAGGAUUUCGUACAUGGAGAUUUAUAAUGAGCUGGUCAAAGACCUCUUGUGCGAAAGUGGUGAGGCGAAGAAAUGUAGAGUAAGAGAGCAUCCAAUUAAAGGUCCAUAUGUGGAGAAUCUCAAUGAAUAUCAGAUUGAAAAUUAUGGAGACUUUCUUAGUUAUUUAACGAGAGGAAAUAACCAUAGAUCUACUGCAUCCACAUCCAUGAAUGACAAGAGUUCGAGAUCUCAUGCCAUCAUCACACUCUCUUUGAAGCAAACCAAAUUUACACAGGGCGAUACAGAAAUGAACAAUAUGACCGACGCAAAUGACAUGUACAUCGGUGAUGCAGAGGAAGAAAUGAUAUCAAACAUUAAGCUUGUUGAUCUUGCAGGGUCAGAACGAUUAGCAAAGACCAAAGUUUUUGGGCAGCAGGAUAGGAUGAAAGAAGGCUCACUUAUCAAUAAAUCGUUGACUGUACUUGGACGCUGUAUCAAUUUAUUGUCUAGUAACUCUUCCAAUCCAACACAAAAGCAAGCAAUAGUACCCUAUAGAGACUCAACAUUAUCGUAUAUAUUGAAGGAAAAUUUGUCAGGGAAUUCAAAGAGUUUUAUGAUUUUUUGUGUGUCACCAAUUGAUUUUGAAGAAAGCUAUCAGACUUUGAAUUAUGCCAAGCAAGUAAAGCGAAUUAAGACAGCAGCUAAAGCAAACAAGAUUAAACUUACGGACACGGUAAUUGACUGGAAAGAAAUCGAUCAGUCGAAUGUGUCUAUUAUAGAUAGCUUAAAAGAUGAGGUAAAAGAAUUGACCGAAAAAUUGAAUGCGUUACAACUGGCAGAAAAUGCCUCGUCUAAUUCCGAUGGUGAUAAAUUUAGCAAACUCAUAUUGUAUCUUGAGAGGGAAAUCAACAAAGUGAACUUUGAAAAUAAGUACUUGAAGCGCAAGUUGAUUCUGAAGGAUAGCGAAGUCGAUGAAUUGCAAAAUCAUGUAAGCUAUAUGGAUAGGGAAUUACUUGAAAUGGCUUACGAGAAUAAAGGAUACAAAGAGCAGUAUGAACACACGUCUAAUAAGUAUUUGGUGGAUAAUAUUAUAGACAAAUGCAAUUUCCAUUUGGCACUAAUUGAAAGUGAUCUAGAUGAGUUUGACCCUAGGAAAGUAUUCUAG